AUGGGACCAAAGUUAGAUGAACUGAAGGCAUCAUUAGCGUUCUGUCCGCUUUGGAGUUUUGAAAAGCGCAAGUGGUUGGGGCUGCAACUUCUUCAAGCCAUGGGAGUCUAUUGUUUGCAUCACAAUUCAAGAAUACCCUUUCAAAGUGCAAUAAGGGUAUUCGACGAUGAAUCCAUGAGGUCGUAUCCAUGGGGUCGGACUGCAUACGAAGUUCUAAUUGGCUCUAUUAAAACGUUAGCUCCAGAUGGAGGUUCAUACACAAUAAGCGGCAUGAAGGACGCAUUAUUGAUUUGGGCUUAUGAAUCUGUCACAUGCUUCGGUGAGAGUUUUGGGAGAGUGAUCAAUAACGAAGAUGUUCCACUUUUGCGAUGGGGUGGACAGCGUGCUAUGAUGAGAAUGGUUUUGAAGGACUCAAUUGAAGAGAUGUUUCCUAUUUGGCCGGGUGAAGAUGACGAUCCACAACUCGUUAGGUUGAUAACAGACAUACAUUCAGGUAGAUAUGUGAAAGGUUUGUGGGAAGUGCAGGGGAAUGCAAAGGGGAAGGGGAAUGAAAAGAAUAGAAUGAACGGUGGAAUUUCGUCAGAAGCUGAGCCACCCACUAAGAAGCAAAAGAAAGUUAAGACACGGAAUGAAUCUGAAGCUGAUGCAGUGGGAAAGGGUUCUAGCGAGAAGGAAGGUAGCAAAGAGUUGGAGUUGGAGAACAAAGCGACUCUAACGACCAUUGUGAGUACUCUGGAUAUUAUUUCCAGAAAAUUUGAUCAGGUUGACUCACGGUUGAAAGCUUACGAGUUAGACCGGAACAUACCAUUGAUGGACCAAAAGACCAUUGAUGACAGGGUGAAUGCUUUACUGGAGGAGCGUCUGAAAGAUCUGGGGAUUGGGAAAAUUCCCGAAAACCAUGAUAACCCCUCUCCACAAUUAUCAGAUAACUCUUUAUCGAUGGCAUCACCGGUGGUUCAAACGCAUCAGAAGUCUGUCAAUAGUCCAGCUUUAGUAGCUGCGACUCCUGAUAAGGAGUUUGGACCGAAAAAGAAUUUGGCCAAGGAGCUUGAAAAGGAAUCAGGGGUGAAAAGGACUUUGGAUGAGGAGUUUGGUAGUGUCGAUAAAGCUACUGAUGUGUGGCCUCUUGAUUUCGUAGUAGUUUCUCCUGCAAGGCUACUAAGGAUGAUAAGGCUGCUAAGGAUCCAGCCUAUGGACGCGGCUGUAGGCGCAUAUUGUUAA